AUGACUCCAGGCCUCGAUCGGACUGCUAUUCCGGGCACCGUGACGCUGGUGGAUUUGGAGCAUGUCCUUGCCACCCGUCAUGCGGAUCGCGGCGAUAGUGACAUCGUUCUCAUUCCGGAACCGUCCAAUGACCCCGAUGAUCCCUUGAACUGGGCCCCAUGGAGGAAGACCUUGUCUACCAUCUGUGUGAGCGUGUACACUCUGUUUGCUGGUAUUGCAUGUUCGGUCGUCUACUCGGUGCUCACGCAGCUCUCCGAUGCAACCGGUGUGUCGGUUGAUACUCUCAAUGAGGGAACGGGGUAUAUGUUUCUGUUCGCCGGAUGGGGGCUUUUGUUUUGGCAGCCACUAGCGCUGCAGUAUGGCAAGCGUUUGACAUAUAUACUUUCUUUGGUCGGCAUCUUGGGAACUUCAAUGUGGGGUCCCUAUAUCCACACCAACGGCCAGUGGAUCGCGCGCAGUAUCCUUUCGGGUUUCUUCACGGCUCCCAUUGAAGCUCUCCCAGAAGUAACAGUAACUGAUGUGUACUUUACCCAUGAGCGGGGAACGUACAUGGCGCUAUAUGCAUUCUUCCUGGCAGGCAGCAAUUACUUCGCCCCGGUCAUCUGCGGCUUCAUCGCCCAGUACCAAGGCUGGCAAUGGGUGUUCUACUGGCCCAGCAUUUUCUGCGCCUUCAGCAUUGUAUUUUUGUUCUUCUUCAUGGAGGAGACGAACUACGUGCGCGAGAAGCCAUCAGUCGCCGAGGUGACUCCAACAGAAGCUUCGUCGCGCACGUCCGAGCAGGGUGAGAAGGAGAAACGUCCUGCUGAUGUGGCACAGCAGAGUGACACAGAAUGCGGGGUGAUAUACCCGAAGAAGACGUAUCUUCAGAAACUCUCGCUUUUAGGACCCAGACUGCCGAGGAACAAUAUGUUCCGCCGGUUCUACCACACAUUGUAUUAUCUGAGCUGGCCGGUGGUAUUCUACGCGGGGUUUUCCUAUGGCUCAUACCUUAUCUGGUUCAAUGUGCUGAACGGAACAGCUUCUAUUAUUUUAGGCGGCGCACCUUAUAACUUCAGCUCUGCCAUGGUCGGACUUAGCUAUCUAUCCUGCAUUGUGGGUACAAUACUAGCUUCCCUCUUCACCGGCCGCUUCAGCGACUGGCUCACCGUCCGACUGGCGCGACGCAACAACGGAGUUAUGGAAGCCGAGCAGCGUUUGUGGCCAUUCGCCAUUUGUCUUCUCCUCGUGCCAGGAUCUCUGUUGCUCUGGGGCGUAGGCGCUGCGCACGAAGUGCACUGGUUCGGACUCAUCGUAGCGAUGUGUUUGCUGGCGUUGGCGAACACGUGCGGUAUCACGCUGAGCGUCAACUACCUGGUUGACAGCUACCGGGAGCUGAGCGGGGACGCAAUGGCGAGUGUGAUCUUGGUUCGGAACACCAUGUCAUUUGCCAUGGGCUAUGGAAUAACACCGUGGGUAAACCACCUCGGAUACCAAAACUGCUUUAUAUCCGCUGCGUUCGUAGGCAUGGCAUGCGCAGCAGUAUUCCUGGUGAUGAUCAAAUGGGGGAAGUCGUUCCGAAUGCACAGUCGCGAGAAGUACUGGCGAAUCGUGGAGGAGAAUUGGGCGAGAGGGAUGGGGCAUUAG